AUGGAUGUUACGGGCAUAUAUAUAAACAAGAAUGGACUUUAUCCAAACGAAGUCGAAUCACUGGAAGACAUGGAUUGGGAAAGAGAUAAACUUUUAACACAAAAGCUUAAAGCAACUAGUUAUGGUGAUUGGCAAUUUCAUAUUGGAAUGAUAAAUACAAAGCAUUUUGAAAAUAGAGAAAACCUAGAUGAUAUGUUUGUAAAUAAAAGUGAACGAACUAUUUCAGAAGCCUGCAAAGAUAUUGAACGAAUCUCAAUUCAAAAAGCUAUUGGAUUAUUCGGUACUAAAUUUUCAUGUGACAUGGAUUGGUAUUUGAAGAAUCAAAAUGCAAUUGAAGAGGAUUUAAAUCGUAAAAUUUUACCUUUGGAUUUAAAUGAUAAAUAUUUAAUGAAAAAACUAGAACAAGAACUGUUUUAUAAUCAGAUGUGUAAAUUAUUUGGCGAAACUGAAGAUGAUCAUAAUAAACCACAAGAUGAUGAAACAAUUUAUGAAAAAUGUUUUAUUGUAAAAGAUUUUCGUAUACUACUAUCGUAUGAAAAUUAUAUGUUUGCUAGCGCUAAACGAGGAAAUUAUUAUCUAAUAUUUCGAUAUGUGUAUUAG